CACACUUCAAUAUGAGAGGCGCGAAGAGAAUAGCAGGUUGAUUAACUGUCAUUAUAUGCUUGAGAACAGCAUCAGAUACACCGUUUUAUCAAUGAGUCCUCCACCAAAGAUGAAACGCCGCCGAAUGGCCGAGCUGGAGCCGUGGAUCGAGAGACUCAUUCAAAACUACGGCCAAAGCCAAAGUGAAACAACUGUAAAAGCUCAUGUCGUCGGCGCGUGUGAUCUGUCAGACUCGCAGCGGAUGGAGCACACCGAUGUCUGUUUGAUGUUUCUGUCCGAUGGGAGUGCGCUGAUUCCCGCGGUGCUGAGCGGAGCCUCAUGGGAGCGUCUGCAGGAUUUGGAGGAAAGAGAGUCCUUCUCAGGCUUGGUCAAUGCUGUUGUGUAUGUACGCAACUUCAACCUGGAUUUCCACAUGAACUCUGACCUGGCCUCUUGCCAGUUUUACUUGAAAGUCAAUCAAAUGAGCACCAUAUGUAUCGCCUCCAAAUGGGACCAUCCACCCAGCUGCACAACACUUCCAUCAGUCAGAGAACAAAUAGUAAAGACAUGGAGAUCCCUCAGGGAGAGUUCAGUCAACUCUGUUAGUUCUGCAUCCGGGGUCUCUCUCUCCUCUCUAUUGGGGGCUUGGCACAAUGACAUUAUAAUAAAUAUUCUGAAUGAUGCAUUGGAGAAAAUAAACAUGUCUGCAACAUAUAGUCCAAGUGUGGCAACACCUACACACUGGCACCGAGAGAGGAUUCACUGGAGGGGACAGGAUCAGUUCAUUGUCCCCAUGCCUUUCCUUCUCAUCCCAGAGGAGCAGAGGAAGCUGAUGACAGCUGAUCCCAGUGCAGAUUGUGAGUGUGAAACUCCAAAUGGCUUGGCUCCACCCCACGAAUAUUCAUAUCCCAUCAGCACAUCAAGAACAAACCAAACACUGGCAUUUCAGGACAGAAAUAGUGGCUUAUGUCCAGAUGAAGGACAGCCCACACUGGAACACACAAGACUAGAGAUUUUGUGUGGAACAGGAGAGUUGUCUGGGGAUGGCGAAAGCCCGUGGGAUAUGUUCACUCCAGCGCCAGAUCUAUUAGGGACACAUUCCAACUCUGACUCAAGUGGCCAAGAGCCCUGUUCUCAGAUGGAAAGCCAAUCAAUUUUAAAAGAAGUUCACCUGUUGCCUAUAGCAACAAGCACCCAAGCCCAAGUGGUGUCGGUUGAUGGCAUUACACAAGGUCAGAGACCUCAGCCAUCCCAGAUCAGUCCGUCCCACUCGAGUGGCAAGUCUAGAGGAGACACUAGUCAAGAGGAAGACAAAGAGCUGAAUAAAUUGAGUCCUCCCUCAUGGAUCGUCCAGAAUACAGCCCAACCCUCUAAACCGAGCUCCUCAGUGUCCCCACCCACCAAGACAAACUUGGCAGUGUCUCCUCACACCAAACCCAGCAAAGUGCAUUCAGAUGGAACGUCUUUUUCCUAUUUGUAUCAUCCUGACCCUCAGGUUGCCGCAGCCCUCAGCACAUUCCAAAUCCCAGGGCAGUUUAUACAGUGGGCGGUGCGUUAUCUGGGGACCUCUGACUGUGCGGAUGUCAACGCUGGAGCUGGUUCUUGAGGCAUUACCUGUUACCUCAAAUGACAUGAUGUUAGGUUUUUUUUUAUUAUUAUUUUGUAGUACAAAUAUUUUUGUGUGCGUGUGUUUAUAUCUAUGUAUGUUAUUCAAAAACAAUUGUAAAGUUGAUAUAUAAUAUAAUUUUUUACUGGAUGCUGUUGUUUAAUUAACUGAGUAAAUUCAG